CGAUAUAUGUGUUAAUCUAUGCUUUAAGGGGGAAAUAACUGUUUAGAACAAUUGUUUAUGUUUUUUAAAGAAUUACCGGAGUGAAAAAUGUCUUUAGAAUAAAUAAAAACCAAAGGGAGAACAAAUCCUGAAGGUGGCAGUAAUGUUGCUGUUAAACCCCGAAGAAGAAGAAGAUUAGUUCCGGUUCAAGAAAAGGGUUCCUCAUGCUGAGAUUAAAAGAAAAACAACAUCAGAAUAAUAUAAAAUGAAACAGUUAUAAUAUGAGGAUAUACAGUGAGUUAAUGUUUACAUGUAGUGUUAAGUAGGAACCAUACAGAAAUGCACUUUCCAGGGUUUACAACGAGGAAGCAGCUGAGUUAAAGGUCGUGCACAUGCUGCUGAGGAUGUGGCGGGCAGGUCAGCUCCUGAGGCUGACAGGCAGAGGAGGCAGACUCUGCUCCUCCUCCUCCUCUUCAUCUUCAUCUUCAUCUUCAUCUUCAUCUCAGUCAAACUCCUCUCUGCGGCCCCAGAAAGAGAAACAGAGGCGAAGACGAGAGCGAGAUGAGGCCAUACUGUCAAAGCAACCCAGUGCUGCUGAAGACGAAGCAGUGACCUGGAGCGAGAAGCAGAAGAUCGUGUACACCGCUCAGACACCUGCUGGGACAAAGAAAGACACCAGUUUGCCGUUCCCAUCCGAAUACAGUCCAGAUUAUGUGGAGGCCAGCUGGUAUCAGUGGUGGGAGAAAGAGGGAUUCUUCAGACCAGAGCAACACGAGACGUUACCUCACUCUGUGGAUCGGACCUUCUCUCUGUGUAUUCCUCCUCCAAACGUGACGGGAACUCUGCACAUAGGCCACGCUCUGACCGUCGCUGUGGAAGACGCUCUGGUUCGAUGGAGAAGGAUGCAAGGCCACAGAGUGCUGUGGGUCCCUGGAUGUGACCAUGCAGGUAUCGCAACACAGGCCGUGGUGGAGAGGAAGCUCCUGAGAGAACAAGGGAAGCGCAGACACGACUUCACCAGACAAGAGUUUCUGCAGCAGGUGUGGAAAUGGAAGAACGAGAAAGGAGACGAGAUCUACCACCAGCUGAGGAGGCUUGGGGCGUCUCUGGAUUGGAGCAGAGCGUGUUUCACAAUGGACCCAGAUUUCAGCCGGGCUGUAACUGAGGCCUUCGUCAGGCUGUGUGACUCCGGUCUGAUUUAUCGCUCGGAGGGUUUGGUCAACUGGAGCUGUGCUCUGGAGUCUGCCAUCUCUGACAUAGAGGUGGAUUCGAAGGAGCUCUCUGGACAGACAGCGUUGUCUGUUCCUGGUUAUGAAAACAAAGUGGAGUUUGGAACGAUGCUCACCUUUGCGUACCCGAUAGAUGGACAGGAUGGAGAGGUGGCGGUGUCCACCACCCGUCCCGAGACUAUGCUGGGAGACGUGGCUAUAGCCGUCCACCCUGACGAUCCUCGAUAUCAGGCUGUUCACGGGAAGCACUGCAGACACCCCUUCACCCACAGGCUCCUGCCCAUCAUCACUGAUUCCCUGGUGGACAUGGAGCUAGGAACUGGCGCAGUGAAGGUGACUCCUGCUCACGACCACACCGACUUCCUGCUGUCACAGAGACACUCGCUGCCGCGCCUCACCGUGAUCGGAGGAGACGGCACCAUGACGCACCCCUGUGGACAAUGGCUGGAGGGAGUGAAGCGUUUUGAUGCCCGGCAGCUUGUUGUGGACGCUCUGGUUGAGAAGAAGCUGUUCAGAGGAAAGAAGAGUCACGCAAUGACUUUACCCGUCUGCAGUCGCUCAGGAGAUAUCAUCGAACCUCUUCUAAAGAAGCAGUGGUUCGUCCACUGUGAGGAAAUGGCUAAAAAAGCCGUACAGGCUGUGGAGGACGGACAGCUGGAAAUCAUCCCGCACUUCUACACCAAGACAUGGAAGAACUGGUUGUCCAACAUCAGCGAUUGGUGCGUUUCCAGGCAGCUUUGGUGGGGUCAUCAGGUCCCUGCUUACCAAGUGGAGCUUCCUAAUCCUACUGACAGACACGAGGAGCGUUGGGUUUGGGGACGGAGCGAUGACGAGGCCCGACAGAGAGCUGCUGUCAAAUAUGGAGUGAAGCCGGAAGACGUCACUUUGACUCGGGACCCUGACGUCCUGGAUACGUGGUUCUCCUCUGGGUUGUUUCCCUUCGCCAUGCUCGGCUGGCCUAAGCAGACCGCCGACCUCCAGCGCUUCUACCCCAACUCCAUCCUGGAGACGGGCAGCGACCUGAUAUUCUUCUGGGUUGCAAGGAUGGUGAUGCUCGGUACAGAGCUGACAGGACAGCUGCCUUUUAGACAGGUUCUACUCCACUCUCUGGUGAGAGACAAACACGGCAGGAAAAUGAGCAAAUCUCUGGGAAAUGUCAUCGACCCAUUAGAUUUCAUACACGGAGUCUCUCUGGAGAGACUUCAAGAGAAAGUGAAGGAGGGGAACCUUGACCCCAGGGAGCAACUGGUUGCCAUGGAAGCACAGAGGAGAGACUUCCCCAAGGGGAUCCCUCAGUGCGGGACCGAUGCUCUGAGAUUCGCCCUUUGCUCUCACAGGACGCAGGGUGAAGACAUCAGUUUGUCCGUCUCUCAGGUCCUGAGCUGCAGGAACUUCUGUAAUAAAAUGUGGCAGACGCUGAGAUUCACACUGGGAGUGCUCGGCGACAACACGACACCAGUGACAACACUGGAAGAGACAGCUCCUCUGAGCAGCAUGGACCAGUGGAUCUGCUCCAGACUCUACAGCACAGCAGUGCAGUGUGAGGAAGCUUUUGAAGCCUACGAGCUGCACGCUGUCACGUCUGCCCUGUACUCAUUCUGGGUCCACAGCCUGUGUGACGUCUACAUGGAGUACAUGAAGCCUGUGCUGCUCCAGCAGGAUGACAGCGGCAGAUCGAGGCAGGUGGCCAGCAGUGUCCUCUAUCACUGUGUGUCGAUGUCUCUGGCCCUGCUCUCCCCUUUCAUGCCCUUCAUCACUGAGGAGCUGUGGCAGAGACUCCAACCGUUCAGACCCGGACCUGCUGCCCAGACCAACAGCCUGUGUUUACAGCCGUAUCCCUCCUCCUCUCAACUGGCACACUGGAAUUUCCCUGAAACAGAGAGAGACUUCUUGCUAGUCCAGGAAGUGAUCCGAGUCGCCCGCUCGCUACGAGCCCAGUGCGGCAUGACCAAAGAAAAACCUGUCAUGUGGGCAGUGUGUUCACCCAGCCAGGCUCAAGUCCUCCUUCAGUUCGGGUCAGCUGUUUGGACUUUGAGCCGGAUCUCCAACCUCCACCUCUACUGUCCUCACGGAGCAGACGACCUCCUCUCCACACACUCCGCUCCUCCUCCACCUGAAGGAAGCCUCCUCGGCGUGGUGGAUCACACCUGUCAGUUACACCUUCAUGUUCAGAGUGGGAUAAACGUCGACAAACAGAUCCUGCAGCUCUCUCGGCGCAGAGACAAGCUUGUCCCAAAGCUGGAGAAAAUCCUCUGCAGAGUCCGAUCUCCGGACUAUCUGACCAAAGCUCCCGCUCAUGUCAGAGAGCAGAUAGACAGCAAGAUGUCAGCCCUGCAGCAGGAACUGAAGACCGUUGAGGACCAGCUGAGAGUCCUUCAAGAGACCCAAAACUGACAAACUUGAAGAAUUAUUUAUGUUACCCGAGCUGGAGAUCUGAACACUACUUGAAUGAAGGAGAAAUAGCUUGCAUUAUAUCAUGAAUAUGUUGUUUAUGUAAUGCAGUAUCACUCCGUGAAGGUGUGAUACUGCAGGACUGCAAUGAGGAGAGUACUGCAGUGAAUGGAUUUUUAACCAGCUGCAGGUAUUCAUGGAAGUUUUCUGCACUUCAUUAGUCGCUCCUGAUCAGUAAAUGUGUGUCCUGUCGUGAUGUUUUACUUGUUGUGAUCACAAAAUGGCUUUUCUAUUAUGAAUCCUUCAUGUUGAUCAUUGUUUUUAAGCUGAUAAAGGUGUUUUCUCAUUGGGUAUGUCAGAAUUUUGAUGCCCUGGUCCAACAUAUAAGGCUAGUUAUGUAAAAAAAAAAAACGUCAGUCAGGUGGGGAUUACAUGUUAUGUUGCAUACUGGACAGCAAAUGUCCAUGAACUCACUCAAAAAUGAGACAGUAGUAUCACUUAAUAAUUUCUGCUGGCUGACUACAGGAAGUCAGUCUAAGUAUGACAUCAGCCACAGAAGUGGUGCAGAUUUUGGCAUGAAUACUGAGCCAAAGACGAGUGAGACAAAUCAUUUAUUUGGAAUUUGGAAGUAUUUCUAAAAACUAAAAACACCCACUCAUAAAAAUUGGACAACAGGGUUUCCCCUUCGCCGUCCUAGGAAGGGAUUUAGAAGUGGACAUACCAUUCCAUCUGUGUGCCAUCCAUCUUUUUGUCUGUCUCCAACAAGUCCCUCACUUCAGUGAAGUGCAAUACUUAAUCACUGGAGAGACCCUUUAAACCGACAGAGAAAACUGACUUUGGAUGCGAGUGUUACAGAGAUUAUAUGGUGAUUAAAAGGAAUGUAUGAUUAUUGGUGUGAAUGCUGGAAGCAACAAAGAAAAUUUUUAUUAUUA